AAAAACCGUGCGGCGUGGAAACACGCGUGGAACCGCCGAGAAAACUUGCCCUUGCAAGUACAAAGGGAAACUAUCGAAAUAUUAGUGCCGAAAUAAUUUUUCUAAACCGUGUAGUCUUAUCGGUGUAUUUCAGCCUCUGAAAAGGCGGGAGAGCGCUUCAUCGCCUUCACUUUUUCUUAUACGGCCACCCUUGAUCUGAAGCACCUCUCUCGACGACAUGAAUGUUGAAAGGCAACGAAUGUGGAGAGGGGGGGAUCACAGUUGACAUGCCAAUAAAGCUUCAGCACGGCUCUAUAUAACAGGUGUGUGAUGUCAAUGAAGAGAUUGGCCAUCCUGUCUGCGAUCCACAACGAUGGGAGGUUGAACGCCACAGAAAUGAACCCCACACCAGCAUCACCCCCUGUACCUAUACACGGGGUAAAUAUCAUGCUGGGAGGGGCAAUGUUAAGUGGAAUUAUCUUGGUAGUGUUUAUUAUGUGUUACUGCUGUCACAGAACAAACAGAAAAUCGCAAUCAAAUCUACCGACUUACUGGAGAGAUCCAGGCCUAUCCAUGGAAAUCUACACGGUAGAAGCAGCUCAAAAUUGGCUGAUGUCGGAAGACAUGUCUUACGAGGUGCACCAUCGACCUCCGACCCCAGGACCUCCUCCAGCCUACGAUGCUGUCGUCCACCACCACAAAACCUCCAAAGAGGACGAGUCUGACCUGCCUAGUUACGAGACGGCCAUCAGGCAUUUGGCACAGGUUCAUCCCUAUGAUGUGCGGUAUACGCCGCCAGAGACAACGCAUAUCUACAGGUCUCAAAGCGAUUCUGUGAUCAACCGACCGCGUCGCAACUCUUGGACUAUCAACCCCAUCUGCAGGCCAUUCCAGCAACUGACAAAUGAGGCCUCAAACACGCCUAGGCCUAGUAGCGGUGGGGUACGGCAGCCCCGCACUCCUCAUGUCAUAAGUUUAGAGGCUUCCUACUUAAAGCCCCCAGAAGUGUUUCCUCCGACGACUCAACAACAUCUACAGCUGGACCAACAGUACGUGACAAAUAUCGAAAACGACAUCGGUGUUGUUAUAGCCCGGUCAAACGGUAUGUUAGUGUUUGACUACGAACAUAUUGAAGGAGCAGCUGCCUUACCACAACGUCAACAUCGCGACAUCGGAAGUACUGAUAGGAACGUAAGGAUGUGAAAGUCGACAAGUGCCUUGAUAUGGACUAAGGACCAGUGUUCGGUGGACUAUGAAAAUAUUACUAUUGUCAAAAUAUAUAGACUGAAGGGAAGUAAAAGCACUGUCAAGUACGAGAAUCUCAACAUAUUGAACGCCCUGUUAGUCACUGGUAACUGACACUGAACUAUUGCAAUGUUACCAUGUCGUUCAUCAGAACUGACACUACAUUUAACGUGAUUUAACUUAUUACUGAUUACUGACAGUCAUGAGUAAUCACUAUUUAAAGUCUAUUUUAUUACCCUUACACUAAUUUUUUACAAUACCUGCAACUAAUUCAUGACAAAUGUCGACUGGACUAUCGCGUUCUGCGCUGUCGAUUACUCGACUGUCCCUCUGGUGGAGGCGCCUGAAAAUUUGAUGAAACUGACGAAUUCCAAAGCAUUCCCGCGCUUCAUCGAAAUUCUAGACAAUGUCGACCAAUACUUCUCGAAUGCUCCCGAUGUUGCCCGAUCCUUCUCGAUGAUACCGCUGUUGAUGCACGGUGGGGUAAUUUUGGUUGUCUAAGCGUGGAUAUUGCGAGGAUGUCUCAUUGUUACGCCAGGUUCCAGUCACGAGGGCAUUACACUAGAUUUGUUUGACGUGGAAUGUAUCCAAAUAAAUAUCCUCUGGCUGGCGUUCAGUGUGUUAAGCCCGCCCGCCAACCUUCCUAGGAAUCAACUGUAUUUUCAGCGAUGUAUAGUCUCGAUAAUGUGAUCGCUUAAGUCGAAAGAGCCUUGUACUUUUUAUUAAAUCUAGUUUCAAUAGCAAGAGAUUUUUUAUCGACACCUGCAACAUUAGCGCCCAUUCAAAGGGAAUUUUCUAGGACCCUCAUGUGUCUUAACUCGUGGUUAUCGAAUAAAAAACUAAUUCAGGGUUUUUCAUUUUUUUUUGUAUUAGCUUAUGAAGAAAUGCUCUAUUUCCUAUUUGAGUUUACAGAUCUAUCGUUUUACUAUUUGUUAUACUAUAAACAAAUUUUUUUGUUCAAUAUGUAUUGUUUUCUUGGUGACAAAGUCUUUCCGUACUAAGACUAAAUGAAUAUUCAGGUCUAGACAAUAUCGACCAAUACUUCUCGUAUGCUCCCAAUGCCGGCUGAUCCUUGAUACCGCUCUUGAUGCACGGUGGCGUAACUCUGGUUGCAUAAGCAUGGGUAUUGCGAGGACGUCUCUUUGUUACUCAAGGUCCCAGUUGAGAGUGCGUUACAUCAGGUUUGUUUGAUGCGGAAUGCAUCGAAAGAAAUAAAAUAUUUAUCUCCUUAAGUUUCUCGGGAUGGCGGCCAAUGUGUAAACCAUCCUUGGAAUCAACUGACUUUUCAGCGAUGUAUAGUCUCGAUAAUGUGAUCGCUUCAAUCGAAAGAGCCUCGUACUUUUUAUUAAAUCUAGUUUCAAUAGCAAGAGAUUUUUAAUCGACACCUGCAACAUUAGCGCCCAUUCAAAGGGAAUUUUCUAGGACCCUCAUAUGUCUUAACUCGUGGUUAUCGAACAAAAAACUAAUACAGGGUUUUUCAUUUUUUUUGUAUUAGCUUAUGAAGAAAUGCUCUAUUUCCUAUUUGAGUUUACAGAUCUAUCGUUCUACUAUUUGUUAUACUAUAAACAAUUUUUUUGUUCAAUAUGUAUUGUUUUCUUGGUGACAAAGUCUUUCCGUAUUAAGACUACUUGAAUAUUCAGUUCUAGACAAUGUCGACCAAUACUUCUCGUAUGCACCCAAUGCCGGCUGAUCCUUGAUGCACGGUGGCGUAACUCUGGUUGCAUAAGCGUGGAUAUUGCGAGGACGUCUCUUUGUUACUCAAGGUCCCAGUUAAGAGUGCGUUACAUUAGGUUUGUUUAACGCGGAACGCAUCGAAAGAAAUACAAUAUUUAUAUCCUUAAGUUUCUCAGGAUGGCGGCCAAUGUGUAAACCAUCCUUGGAAUCAAUUGACUUUUCAGCGAUCUAUAGUCUCGAUAAUGUGAUCGUUUCAGUCGUAACAGCCUCGUAAUUCUCAUUGCUGCUGAAAAUCUUGAUCUGUACACUUUGAUACAACUUCAUAAGUUUAUACGAUCUUAUUUAUUUUUAUGGGAUCUAUGAUUACGUAAGGUUUCUUGAUUACAAAACCAGACAAAAUAUAUCAGUACUUAAACAGUUGAAAAAAUAAAAGCACGAAAAAUUAAUAUACUUUAGGAUGUAGUUUUGCAAACACAUUCAAAUCGGUAUCUGUAAAUUUUAUUCAGCUUCCUCAUUUAUGAGGGAAAAAUCUAAAAGCAUCAUAGAAACAACGCUUGGACAGGAAAUUUGUUGACGACUAGCUAUGUAGGAAAUCUACAACUUUAUCAAGCCUUAUUCCUUAGGAGUUUUCAUUGCAAUAUAGUAAAUUGUGUAUAAGCCUAAUAUAUGA